AUGAAUUGCGGUGAAGAAGCUGGAUCGACCUCGAGGAGUGUCUCUCCGAAGAGGCUGGAUCGACCUCGAGGAGUGCCUCUUCGUCUCGGUCUCUCGUCGGUCUUGGUCCUGUUGUGCGCGGCCGUGGCUGCCGCUGCGGCCGACGAAGGGAAGAAAAACGAAACGGAAGCCUCCGCGAACGGAGAAGGAAUUCCGGGGACCAGAAGCGAAAGGCAGAUCCGACAGCAUCACUACGGGACGCCUUCGUACCCGAGCGGAGAAGCCGACGGGGAACGAUACGAAGAGGAAGGAGAGGGCAUCUCCCCCGAUUACCAGGAUCGUCCGAUCUAUUCCUCCACUCCUUCCUACGAUUCGGGGCCGGGGUAUUCUUCGACGCCGGAGUAUUCUUCGGGGCCGGGGUAUUCUUCGACGCCGGGGUAUCCUUCGGGGCCGGCGCCCGACUACGGGGGUUGCGACCCUCGACGGCCUCCCCGGUGCGCCCAUCGCAACGACACCCGCUUCUGUUUCGAAGAUCCCGAAUACCCCGAGUACGAGAUCAAGGAGAAGCUGGGGCACGACACGCAGGCGAACAAGAAGCUGGCAGACGUGGCGGCCCAAUCGGCCGACGACCUCGUGGAAUACAUCGGCAAGUACCAAGAGGAGAGUUUCCACCGUUCGUCCUUCGAUCCCGGAUACCACGAGAAGAGUCAUUGGUUCGGACCCGAAGGUUACAUCUGCCCGUCCCUGGUGGAUUAUGCAAGACCGCUCAGAGGGAAGAACGUGCUCGGAGAAUGGAGAGUGAUCGUGAACACCCGUUACUACACGCAGACCGCCCGAUUCGAGACGUGCCCGUCGGUACUCGGGGUCGCCGUGUCGCCUGCUGGCGCCUUGCUACGAGAGCACCUGCGUGCAGAAACACGCGUACGAGAGGUUCCUGAGCUACGACCCGUGCGAUCCCUACAAGGGACUGUUCGUGGACAUGUAUCAGAUCCCGACCGCUUGUUCCUGCCACGUUCCCCACGUCAAAAGCUACCGCAGCGUCGUCAGCAAGUAUCGCUGAGGAACUUCCGGGUCCUCCCGUCCCGAGAGAGAUGUCACCCCUGUCCCAGGGGAGGAGGGGAGAAGAGGAGAAGAGGAAGGGAGAAGAGGAGAAGAGGAAGGGACAAGAGGAGAAGAGGAAGGGACAAGAGGAGAGGACAAGAUAAGAGGAAGGGAGAAGAGGAGAAGAGGAAGGGAGACGAAGCGAUCCGACAUCCAGUACAGGCAUACUCGAUCUCGGCCACGGGGUUUGAACGACAUCGUAUUGCCUCUUUGGCAUGUGGACGUUCUCGAAAAACACGUCAACUUUGGGGUCGUGGUCGUCGCAGCGCAUCGUCGACGUUCGUCUCGUCGCACGGUUCUCGUCGUUCUCGUAGACCCGUGUGCAAAGUUGCGACGAGAGAAUCGUGGAUCGUGUCGCCGGGCCAGAAAUUCUUUUUCCGAAUCUCUGGCGAACGAAACGGAAGGAUCGUCGUUCCCCGUCCCCUCGUCGUGCCCCGUCGCCUCGUGCCCCGUCCCCUCGUGCCCCGUCCCCUCGUUCGUGGAUCCAUCUCCCCAUCGUAA